AUGGAAAUUUUACAAAAAUUAAUGGCUAUCCCAAAAAAUAUCAUUAAAGCUCUCAAGAAUAUGAAAUAGUAAACAAACAAAGUUUAAAAUAACAUUGUUGAGACUUUUAUUAUUUGCAAUGAAUCGCGAGUAGUUACAAAUGAAGUGAAAUAGAUUGAUCAAUUAGUAAAAAAAAGAAAAUUAACGAUUAAUUAAGAAAAAAUAGAUUCAAUUACUUAAACAGAUUAGCUAUAAAAUAUUGAUUAAGUACCUAAGGAUGAAUCUUAAAAAAUUAGUAAACUCCUAUAAGUGGGUUCCAAAUAAAAUAAAAAAUAAUCUAAAUUACUUAAAAAAUAAAGUAUAGAAGAAGACAGCAUAAGUAGGAAAUCAGAUUAAACAGAACUGUCCUAAAAAUCAUAUUGCUAAAAUCACUUUUUGAAAAUAUUAGAAUAAUAUAGGGAAUAAAGUAAAUUACAGCAAAAUAAAAUAUACUAGAGUUAAACCAAAUGCUAAAACUAAUUUCGUAAGAAAAUACUAAAAAACUACUUAAAACAAUUCACAAAUAAAUAAGAUGAUGAGAAUAAAAUAUUAAAAUCUGCUAAAACUCUAUCCCCUGAUGAAAAGUAGUUUAAAAUAGAUUAAAAAGAAUCUGAAAAUAUCUAAUAAAAGCAAGAAUUGGCUUGA